AUGGGCGGCCUGCUGAGCGGCGUCAGCUUCAAGGAGCCCACCACGGUGGAGGACUGCGACUCCACCUGGGAGACCGACUCGGAGCCCGAGGCGCCGGAGCCCGGCGGGGAGCCUCGGCGCCAGCAGCAGCAGCAGGAGGGGGUGUGCACCGCCGCGGGAGGCGGGGAAGAGCCGCCCGCCGCUGACGACCGGCCCGAGGAGCCUCCGCGGCCGCCGGAACAAGGGGAGCGAGCCGAGGGGGACGCCGGCGGCCCCGAGCAGAGCGGUGAUGGAACAGAGCUGACAGCCAAGCCAAAGAGAAGCUUCUAUGCAGCAAGGGAUUUAUACAAGUACCGACAUCAGUAUCCACAGAACUUUAAAGAUCUUCGAUACCAAAAUGACUUGUGCAAUCUCCGCUUUUACAAAAAUAAAAUCCCUUUUAAACCUGACGGAGUUUAUAUUGAAGAAGUCCUAAACAAAUGGAAAGGAGAUUAUGAAAAACUGGAACAUAACCACACAUACAUACAGUGGCUUUUCCCUCUGAGGGAACAAGGUCUGAACUUCUAUGCGAAAGAAUUAACUACAUAUGAAAUUGAGGAGUUCAAGAAAACAAAGGAAGCAAUUAGAAGAUUCCUUUUGGCUUACAAAAUGAUGCUGGAAUUUUUUGGAAUAAAAUUAAUUGAUAAAACUGGAAACGUAGCACGAGCUGCUAACUGGCAAGAAAGAUUUCAGCAUUUGAAUGAGUCUCAACACAACUACUUGAGAAUCACUCGAAUUCUGAAAAGUCUUGGUGAACUUGGAUAUGAGAGUUUCAAAUCUCCCCUGGUAAAAUUUAUUCUCCAUGAAGCUCUUGUGGAAGAUACCAUUCCCAAUAUUAAGCAAAGUGCUCUAGAGUAUUUUGUGUAUACUAUUAGAGACAGAAGAGAAAGGAGAAAGCUCCUGAGAUUUGCGCAGCAGCAUUAUACACCAUCAGAGCAUUUUAUCUGGGGACCCCCAAGAAAACAGAAGUCAGAGGGAGGCAAAACAAAUAAAAAGCCAGCAUCUCCAAUUUCUGUGCACAGUAGUUAUAUUUCUAAGCAUAAGAAACUGAAAGAGCCUAAGAGUACAUCCACAAGUGGAACCUCAGCUAGUAAAGCAACUGAAGAGAGAAAAGUAGAACUCACAAAAAAUGGAGAAGAAAAUGAUCAGGAUGAACAAGAAAUGAACUGUGAUGCUGUUAAGCAGAGCAGUGAAAAGAACAGCGGUGCUGACAGUGGCCAGCUUUCAAAAUCAGAAGCAAUUCACGAUCCUUCGGACAAAAAAGAGGACACUUCUUAUUCCAAAAAGGAUGAUGAAAAUAUGAACAAUGACUGCGGAAAUCACCCAGACAAAUCUUUAUGUGACCCUGAGAAUUGUUCAAAUAAUGUGUUGUCAGAUCUACAAGAUAACCUUGAUGAGGAUACACCUUCAGGGGGAACCACCACAAAAACCAAGGAUGAGAUCAAAUUAUGAGUCUGAGGUUAAAAGUCUUUGUUUCAUAACGAAUGAAGCAAAUUAUUCAUCACUUCUUCAUUCUUGGUGAAAUUUGCAUCUAAUCUAGUAUAAAAUGUUCAUGCUUGUUGGGAAUGCAUCAGAUUAGGCUUCUGUUACGCUAAUGAAUUUUGCUUUUUUUAAUCUCUGUUUGUCAGAUGAGAAUCAAGUGUAGCUAUUUAAAAUUAUUGUGUAAAUUCAAAGCCUGGGAAUUCAUUAUGCUUUCCAGACAUAUUGCAUAGCAGGAAAAAAAAAUAGCACUUUUUCCCAUUAAA